CACCUUCACCUUCACCACCCAUCGCCUCCAUCCUCCCGCGACCCCUGAGCCCUUGCCCGGCACCCCGACAUACAAAGCGACCGGGCGCCACGCGCCACCGAGCUGCUUUGUGCGUGCGCCGCCCUCGCCUGUCCCUUGCUCCAAGAGGCCGACAUGAGGCAGGAUUCUGGGUCCUGUCCACUUCCUGCGUGAUGAACAGUAAUGGCGAUGCCACCGUAAAAUCGCCCACCACCGACCCCGGCACCCGCGACGCCGCCCGCUCCAACGAGGAAGGCGCUGCCCCGGCCGCCCGCCCGGCAGCUGCUUCGCCGCCCCGCGAGCCCAACCCGUCGCUCGGCGCGCUGCAGAAUGGCGCUCACGACAAUCACGAUGAUGCCGCCAACGAGUCUGAAGCCGAGACGGUCGUGCUGGAUCUCAAGCCCGACGCUGACCGCGCCGAGCCCAAGCUGAUCAAGACGGAGCGCAGCGACGACGACGAUGCCGCCCGGCUGCGCUCCGUCAAAGAGGCUGUCAACGGCCGCCGACACUCUGUUGACAGGCCCAAUGGCGCAAAGCAUGGCUCCGAAGCUGACGUGAAGAGUCCUGUGCCCACCUCGCCCAGCAGCCGCACCACCUCGCGCCACACCAAAGAGACGAGCCCGACCGACUCGGCCAGAUCUCCCGUACACUCUGCCGCGUCACCUCCCCAGCCCACAGGCCGCGGUCGCAGCGCUUCCACCGUCGAGUCUCGUAAGCGCAAGCUGCGCGACGAGUCCCACCCGAAAGGACUUGAGCCGCCUCGCCAAAAGGCCAAAACUGAGGGCGUGCGUGAAAUGCGCCAGCCAACUUCCCCAGCAACGCCCGGAUUAGGUCGGCCCCACAAGCGCUCCCAGUCAACGCAGUCGUUCGUCUCCGGCGCUACCGGUCGCAAGCGCAAAGACAUGACCGCACUGGCUGUGUCAACAGAGCGCAAGAACUGGUCUGAUGACAGCUCUGAAAACUCGUCCUCGCCCCGUCCCACGCAAACGCCGAAUCUACCUACGCAGUCGCGCUCAAGAGGGCGCCCAGGUCGUGCCCUCACGUCACCUGCACGUACAAUGGCACCGCGCCGCGUCGACAAAUUUGGCUCAACCCGCCUUGCACGGGAGAGUGAGAAGGGCAAUCUUGACGCGGUACGGACCGCUUACGAGGCGGCUCCGGAAGAGAUUGAUGUGCCCGACUUCGCUGGAAUCACUCCCUUGCAGAAAGCUUCGCUGCACGGAUGGGAGGAAGUCGUCGGAUUCUUGAUCAGCAAAGGAUGCCGAACUGACUGCGAAUCAAACGACCGCGACACGCCGCUCAUCGACGCCGUAGAGAACGGACACUUGGACGUGGUGAGGAUUCUGUUGAAUGAAGGUCAUGUGAAUCCGCACCACCAGAAUAAGAAGGGGCAGCGUGCAAUCGAUGUACUUCCUAGCAAGAAUGACGUCGAUCGUCCCGAAGACGUGGACGGCAUUGAGAAGGAGCUCAAGUCUGCCAUGAGACGAGAAGUCGACACAUCCGCUGCAACUGAAGAGGAGAGCAAUGCGGCAGUGACACAGACCAAAUCGACUUCGCGACUGCUGUACAAUGAAUACAACACCGAGACAUUGAUCGAAAAAGCCGGCGACGGAGAUAUUUUGGCAGUUGGAGAGCUCAUCAACAGCAACGUUAAGAUCAACAUUGCAUGCGGCGUUGCUGCUUCGCGCGGAGGCCACUACGACAUUCUCAGUAUCCUUUUGGCCAGCGGACUCAAACCAGACCCUGACCCUUCGAAACACAGCGAGACACCCAUGCUCGUGGCUAUUGGCAGAGGGCACUUGAAGAUUGUGAACCUGUUACUCGAGCAGGACAACUUCAAUCCAACGAGGCGAAAUCGAGAAGGCAAAACCUACUGGGAGAUCUCGGAAGAACGACGAGGCCCAAAGUGGGAGCAAGAAAGAGACGCUCUCAAGCAGGCCUAUGAUCUCUAUUCCACGACCCGCAAGAGCCCGAAACGAGUAAAGAAAGAGCCGCCGAACCGUCCUACCCAACUGAAACGGAAGCCUUCGCCGCUGAUACGCCGAGAUCGCUCGUCUUCACCCCGACCUAAUCACAAGCCUGCCUCCCUUACGAAAUCCACGACCGCUCCGCAAGCACCACAAAAGUCAAGAAGGUUGAUGUCUGGUAAAGAGAUGGCAAAUCAGAACGUCAAACGGCAUAGACGGGUUGUCGACGAAGAAACCAGUGACGAGGAUAGCGAUGAGGAGGUGCGGGCGCCAGUGAAGAAGUCAGCCAAGCCGCGUUCGUAUAGCGAAGGCGAAGAACACCACAAGUCUCUCAAGAGAGUCAAGGGCGGUGAUGAAAACAACCAAUCGAAGAAGAUACCCAGGGCAGCCUCACACGACCACAGUGAUCAUGACCGACCAAAGUCCAAAAUGCAUACAAAGGUGGAGAACGAUCACAUCAAGAGCAGGCUGGGUACCGACUCUGCAGACGAGAAGAGAGUCAAGCAAAAGUCGAAGCCACGGCCGAUGGAGAAAGAUGUGCACAAUAUCAAUAUCAAGAAGCGGCGGGCCUCGAAUGAUUCUCUUGAUGACACGAAAGUCAAGAGGACCCCCAGUGCGUCGGCGAAAUCGACGCCUGCACCCCCCGAGAAGGCAGCAACCCCGGAUGUGGUUCGCGAACGCCGUUUAGAAGAGCAAAAGCGGGCUGAGAAGCAAGCCGAGGCCAAGAAGAAAGCUGCCGAGGAAGCUGCGCGCAAGCAAGAAGAGGACGCCGCUCGAGAACGUGAAGAGGAGGCUGCUCGUAAGAAGAAAGCGGAAGAGGAUGCCCGUAAAGCUGCCGAAGAAGAAGCACAGAAGAAAGCAAAGGCGGAGGAAGAAGCGAAACGUGCCGCAGAAGAAGCCGAAGCCGCUCGCAAGCGGGAAGAGGAAGAAGCACAGAGACGUGCAGCCGAAGAAGCACAACGGCAUGAGCAGCUCGCUGCGCGACAACGGCGGGUCGACAAGCUGCCUCGCGCACUGCGAAGAGCGUGCGAGCUUGGGAACAACCGACCAUUACACUUCUCUGGCGAAGAGCUGGGCAUCUCCGCCAUAUUUUUGCCAAUCUUCUACGCGACAUCCGCCGAUCUUGAAGUCCAUUCAAGUGAGAAGGUGUACAUACCCUCUUUCCAAGCGGUCGGCAUUCUCGGCCUUCCCGAGCUCGAUCUUGCAAACCUGGACGAGCCCUAUUCCUCAUGGCCACGCAUUCCCUUCACAUCGAAGCAUCGCGACCAUCUCCUCCGCCAAUAUGACGUCGCUCUCCUCGCACAAGAUUUCCGCUUUCCAAUGGAAGGUGCGCCGGACUUCGAUUACGCACGGAUACAAGAGUCGGUCAAGGAAGCCCGUCAACAGUUCCUAGAUAUGGAAGGCUUGUAUUGGAUCGAAGAUUCCGUUCUGUACCCGGAAAUCGAGAAGCUCGAAAGCAUUCAGCCGCUUCUAGAAGAGAUCAAGAACGUUACUAAGAGGAGACGAAUCCACUUCGCAGAGGCACAGACUGAGCUUGUCCCGGAGAAAAAACACAAGCCACGGAAGAGCUUCAUGGACAUGGUGCUUGCGCAGAACGGCAUGAAUGGUGUGGCGCUCAAAGUCAAUGGCGAGGGAUGAAAUGUGUCAACUUGCCUUGUUGUGUUUCCGACCUAUACCGAGCAACUUCGCAGCGUUGCGGGCAAGUGCGAAGCGGAGGAAUAUACCCCGGAGGAUGCACCCGCGACUGGGGAGGCGGGGAGUCCGGAUUUGAUUGCUUGUGCUUUUUGAGCGAUGCGGUGCAGAAGCGACUCGACUUGUUUCGUUCUAGCGGACACGGUCUUUAGCACAUGUGUGCAUGAAAUUUGGAGCAAGUCAUGAAUGACAGACAGGAAACGGCGGAUUGUCCAUACGUAGUAAUGGCAUGU